UGGAAUAGAAGACCGCUUCGACACGCCAUUGAUGAUUCGCACGGCCGUUACGGAACAUAAAUAUGGUACUUAAUAUCGAAGAGUUUUCUUGUCUCUUCCCGCAUCCAUGUCGGACCACGAUAUCGAGAAACAGUCCGUCGGCGUCGAGGAGGGAAAGUCCGUGGAGUCUAUCGACCUCUAUUCCUUCCAUGAGCAGGCUGCGGGUCGUUUGGUCAUCGACCCCGGUGAGGCCGCAAUCGAAUUCGGGGAAGCUUUCGCGUCGCGUCUCAAGCUCUCGCGCGACGGGACGAAAGUUCUGUGGCCGCAGCCGACCGAUUCCCCGCAUGACCCGCAAAACUGGAGCGACGGCAAGAAGUCGAUGCUGCUGAUCAUCAUGACCCUCGCUGCUAUUGUGCCGGACUUCGAUUCCGGAAUUGGCAUUGCGGCUAUCUUCAAGUUGGCUGCUCAGUACAACACGACAACGGAUGUCAUCAACAAUCUCACCUCGAACUGGAGUAUCUUCUUAUUGGGCUGGGGAGGCAUAGCUGCUGUGGUGUUCAUUAGGCGAUUGGGACGUCUGCCUGUUCUGUUUUGGUCGCAGCUGCUCGCUCUCGCGUUCUUGAUUGGCGCCACCUUCGCACCCGACUUGAACACAUUUACCGCGAUGCGAUGUCUGACUGCGUUCUUCGGGUCGGCACCGCAAGUUACCGGACUGUAUGUCGUGACCGAUCUGUAUCCCUUUCAUCUCCAAGCUCGCAUGGUGAACUUCUGGACGAUGGGAUUCAUCGUGUCGCCCUUCAUCUCGCCGUUUUUGUUUGGCUUUCUCGUGGCGCGAACUUCCUGGCGCUGGGCUUAUGGCAUCGGCUCCAUAUACGGCCUGAUCGUCGUGGUUCUGAUCGCGCUCUUUAUGGAGGAAACAAUGUACGAUCGAACUGUCAAGCCGAUCCCGCCGCGCCCGACUUCAGGGCUUCGCUAUCGAAUCGAAACGCUCGUUGGGAUAACGGGGUACAAGAUGCAGCAGUACCGAAUCUCGUGGGGCGAGGCAAUCAUCUCACCCUUGAAUGGUGGGCUUAUUCCUUCCCGUCCCAAUACGGCCCCAAUCUCACGAAUAACAGUCAUAUGGCGCCCGCACAUCUUCGGACUGCUUGUCUUUGAGGCCUUCUUGUUCGGAUUCGGCAUUGGGAUCAACGUCACGAACGCAGUUUUCCUCGGCAGCCCGCCUCCCGUUGGAUUCGGAUGGUCCCCCUUCGCCACUGCCGGGGGGUACGGCACUCCGAUCGUGGCCGUCAUCCUGGGCGAACUCGUGGGUCGCUACGUGAAUGAUUGGAUCAUGAACUGGAGCAUCAAGCGCAACAACGGGGUCUUCGAGGCUGAAAGUCGACUCUGGGCCUGUUACGUUGCGUUGCCGCUGUACAUUGCCGGAUUUGUGCUCCUCGGUGCCGCGUUCCAGAACAAACUCAGUCCCGGUGCCCUCGUGAUAGGUUGGGGACUGGCGGUCAUGGCCAUCAUGAUCACCACCGUCGCUGUUUAUGCGUACUGCAACGACGCUUUCCCAAAGCAUCAGGGCGAAGUCAGUGCGCUGAUCAAUCUGUGCCGUACUUUGGGCGGCUUCGGCGUUGCUUACUUCCAGGUCAAAUGGGCUCUGGAACACGGUGCCCUCCAGGUGUUCGGUUGCGAAGCAGCCAUCGUGGCAGGUCUGUUCUUGCUUGUGAUCCCUGCUCUCCAACUUUUCGGGCGGGAUGUUCGGGCCAAGUUCUCUCUCCAUUGAUGACGGGUGGCAAUAUGAUCUAUAUACCAAGUUCGGCUUCAAAAUUUGCCUGAUUUUAGUUGAUUUUCCCUUUAAAUAUGAAGUGUGUCGAGUCUGCACCGCAC